AAUCUUCAUUCAGUGGUUCAUCCAGUAUCACAUUUGUACGCGUUAGAGUACGUUGUAAAAUAGAAUAACGGGGGGAAAGGAAAACUUUGUUAUAAAGUGAAAAGUGCUUUAAUUAGAAAUGAACGGUAUGGAAGUUACCAAAGAAUUAAAAUCCGAAAUUGAACAUAAUCAGCUCCAACUGAAAACAGCAAUUUGCAACCAUCAGAAUUGCUUGCUCCGACUAGGAUCAGAUCCUUAUAAUGCAGAGCUGCAAAAACAACUCUGCAUUGAGGAAGAAAAUAUAGUUGCUAUAGGUCUUGAACAGAAAAAUUUAUUGGAACGAUUAAGAGAUGAAUACAAGGCGUAUCAAAAAUCUUUAAAAACCAAUAAUUUGAUGAAAAAUGGUUUGGAAGAGAGAAGAUUUAAUCUCACGAAUGCAUUGAAUAGGGCUAGAAAACAGAAUGUUGAUAAUAAAUCAGCUUCGACUUCACAUUCGGAUGAAUCAAUUGGAAACCCUUCGCCGAAUUUAUCUCCAGAGCACAACCCUCAGAACCCUAUCGAACCAAGUGAUAUGACUCAAGUCAAAUUCUUGAAUUACUUUUAUUUAACCACCCACGAAAUGUCGAAAGAAAUGCAAAACAAAAGGGCCGAAAGGAAGAGACGCAGUACAGCCAAUCCGCAAUUUUUAUAUGGAAAUAAAGGUUGGGAUUUUUUGACCAACAACAAACGUAAACGUAACGCUUUUCUCAUAUCGCCCCUAUCGCCGCCGCAAACUCGUCAAUCGUGUAAAAAAAGACAGGAACGCACGUCACCGCCGUCGACUAGUUACGCGACGCUUCCAAAGAGUCCAAUCAAAUUGGAACAAAACGGAAAUGUCAAUAACGUUUCCGCAAAAUCGCAAUUCGCUCCAUUUCCGGUUAUACCGAAUCUUCCCAGCGGUCUUAUCAUAGAAAGGGUCAGUCCUUCUGGUAGUUUGUCUCCUGAUAACAAAACUUGCGUUACUUGUAAACAACCAGGAGCACUUACAUUGUGUGAAGUGUGUUCUAAUGUAUUUCACAUUAGCUGUCAUAAUCGUCCUUUGACUCAUACACCAAGGCAAUGUCCUAAAUGUAUAUCGAAAGAAACGAGGACUGUAGGUUCGCUCAACGUGCCUUCUGGUAUGACAGUGUCUUAUGUGACACCGGCAGAAGUCGCAGGUAACGUCAGUUUAUGAACUUCGUAUAUUGCAGAGAAAUUGGAACAAAAAAAGCAGUUGGAAGAAACGAAAAAAUCUCUGACUGCCGAAUUAACGCAGCUGCAAGACAGGCAUUCGCAAUUGACUAUAUCGUUGAAGGAUCAAAAACAGCAACAAGACCAAUUGUGUAUGAAUCAACGAGGUACCGAAGACAAAAUCAAACAAAUCUUGACUUUUAUCGAAAGGAUUAAUAAUCCUUUAGGCGGUACUGUUGAAACAAUUAAUUUAACGUCUUCGGAAUGAGAUAAUUUAAAUUCGACUUUAUACACUGCUAGAAAACGUUUUUUUAUAUAAUUAUUAUUUGAAUUGUGUAAAUUAAUCAGGAGAUUCAGAUACUGAUAAUUUUCGAUCCAAAUUUUUCGUCCAUUUUAUAUUGAUUAUUAAUUUCCUCCUACUUUGAAAAUUAUAUUUGUUAAUCAUCAUGUUGAUUCUUGAAGUGCCUUUUAAAUAGAUAUGGUAUAAUUCAAAAAGUGUAUCAAAAUAUUUUUUGUUUAAUGUCGGUAUAACUUUUUGAAUUAUAUCGUAUAAUUGUUGUAUUAUUGCAUAUUUAUAUAUUAAGACUGAUGUAUUUUGUUAAUUGAAAAAUAAUCUAUAGAUUUAAAAUAAAGUUUUUUUUAUAAAA